UUUUCUUCUACCCUUCUUCUUGGAAAGCUUGGGGCAACGCUAAUGGCGUCUCAUCUCAUCGCUUCCCAAUUCCUCCAUCUCUCCACCUCCCUUCCUCCUCUCAAGCUCCACCAUGCUCACCCAAAGCCCCCCAAGGUAUACCUCCAAGACUCCUCCUCUCCGCCUCCCAAAAACUCCGUUUGGAUCAACCCUAACAGCCCCCGCGCUGCCCGUCUCCGCCACAACUCCUCCGACUCCCGCUAUGCUCGACUCCUCGACCUCUCCCACUCCCUCAACUCCUCCCCCGACCCUAACUCCAUUCCCGACCUCCUCCUCUCCCUCCCCUCCUCCCCCUCCGAGCAAGAUGCCGUCGUCAUCCUCAACCACAUGGACAACCCCGCCACUGCCCUCCCCGCCCUCCGCUGGUUCCUCCACAACGUCAAAAUCAACAAGGAGUCCAUCCUCUACAAUGUCGCCCUCAAAGUCCUCCGCAAAAGCCGGGAUUGGGAUAAAGUCGUCGCCUUGUGGGACGAAAUGCUCUCCAAUGGCGUCCGCCCCGAUAAUGUCACCUUCUCCACCAUCAUCAGCUGCGCUAGACUCUGCGAUCUCCCCGCCAAAGCUGUGGAAUGGUUUGAGAAGAUGCCGGAGUUUGGCUGCUCCCCUGAUGAUGUCACCUACUCCGCCAUGAUCGACGCUUAUGGUCGUUCCGGCAAUGUGGAGAAAGCUCUAGAGUUGUAUGACAAUGCGAGGAUGGAGAAAAGAAGGUUGGAUCCUGUGACCUUUGCCACUGUCAUUAGGGUUUAUGGUUUUUCUGGCAAUUUUGAUGGUGCACUCAAUGUGUUUGAAGAAAUGCGAGCACUUGGUGUUAAGCCAAACACUGUCAUUUUUAACACUUUGUUAGAUGCAAUGGGAAGAGCUGGAAGACCAUGGCAAGUUAAGACAUUGUGCAAAGAGAUGAUUGCUAAUGGUUUGUUGCCAAACAGAGCUACAUAUGCAGCGCUGCUCCGAGCUUAUAGCAAAGCUCGGUAUGCAGAGGAUGCUCUUAGUGUUUACAAGGAGGUGAAGGAGAAAGGAUUGGAGUUGAAUGUGAUAUUGUAUAAUAUGUUGUUAUCAAUGUGUGCUGAUUUGGGGUAUGUUGAUGAUGCUGUUGAGAUAUUUGAGGAGAUGAAGGGGAUGACAGAGGGAUGUAGGCCGGAUAGUUGGAGUUAUUCGUCGUUGAUCACUGUGUAUUCUUGUAGCGGGAAGGUUGAUGAGGUUGAGCGGGUGAUGAAUGAGAUGAUAGGAGCUGGUUUUCAGCCGAAUAUCUUCAUUUUGACAUCGAUUAUGCAAUGCUAUGGGAAGGCAGGGCGAACCGAUGAUAUUGUGAGGACGUUUGAUAAGGUGUUGGAGUUGGGUAUUACUCCUGAUGAUCGGUUCUGUGGUUGUCUUCUGAAUGUGAUGACUCAAAUCCCGGCGGAAGAGGUGGGGAAGGUGAUUGCAUGUGUCGAGAAGGCUAAUGCGCAGUUGGGUUCUUUGGUGAAGCUGUUGGUGGACGAGCGAAGCACGAAUGAGGUGAUCAAAGUGGAAGCCGAAGAACUGUUUAGCAAGACGAGUGAGGAAGUCAAGAAAGCCUACUGCAAUUGUUUGAUCGACCUGUGUGUGAAUCUUGAUCUUCUUGAAAGAGCUUGCAUUCUCUUGGACAUGGCUUUGCGUCUUGAGAUAUAUACUGAUAUUCAAUCUAAAUCGCCUGCCCAAUGGUCUUUACAUGUGAAGAGCCUUUCUCUUGGAGCUGGUCUAACGGCGUUGCAUAUAUGGAUGAAUGAUUUAUCGAAAGCAUUAGCAAGUGGUGAAGAGCUGCCACCAUUGCUAGGCAUCCAUACAGGUCAUGGAAAGCAUAAAUACUCCGACAAGGGGUUGGCAUCUGUGUUCGAAUCCCAUUUGAGGGAGCUGAAUGCACCCUUCCAUGAAGCACCAGAUAAAGUUGGAUGGUUCUUGACAACGAAAGUUGCAGCUGAGUCAUGGUUGAAAUCAAGGAGUUCACCGGAGUUGGUUGCUGCUUAGGUUAUUUGUGUAGCCUCUAGUAUGUAUGAAGAUUUUGCUUCCAGAUUUCAUCUUUGGUUAUUUUAUGAUCAUCGGCGAUGCGAAUUCAUGCUUCUAUUGUACAAACUCAAGGAGAUGUUAUAGUCGUUGUAACUUUUGAAAAUGCCAUUCUUCUGUAAUCUUUGUUGAGUUCAUCUCAAAUGGUUCAAUUUAGUGAUCCAAAUUGGAUAAAUUUUAGUCCUCUUCUAUCA